AGGAGAUUAAUGGUUCGAAAUAAAUAAAGUACAUAACAAUCAAAAAUAUAUUUAACUAGUUUGGUUUUAGAGUGCUUUAUAUCAAACAUCAAAGUACUAUAAAAUAUCCGGAAAGGAAAAUGGUACGAACGGGAAGCAGCAAACGGAAUAAACCACGCAGAAGGCUGGCGGUAGAUUUGGUAGUUUCUCGGGAGAGAGUGUCUGUAUGCGAGAGGAAAGUUGGUUCGGGUCGAAAACGAAUAGUCCGGUAGCGAGGUGGAUGGAUGGUUAACAACGCUGAUGACUUUAGAGAGAGGCGCGAAAGUAGACGGCCGUUCGGCUCAAAAGUUCGGGUGCCUGAAGACGGUGGGUAAAUGUGUGAGAUGCGAGAGUGGAGCAGCUCGGCUCGAGAUUUCGGGUAGACGGCGACGACGACGUCGACGUCGGGAUAAACGCGAUGAGUGCAUUGGGGAGAAAGAGAGUGUGCGGGUCUGCCAGAGAAGAGAGUCGAUGAGCAUGCGUCUGUAUGUGUGUGUAGAAGUGGAGGACCGUGGGUAUCAAAUCAGCGUUAGGUGUGCGUGGAACAGAGCGACUGGUAGAAAAGGUAAAAUGGGAUAGCGAGGCCGAGUGUUCCUCUCGGGAGAAAAUCAAAUAAAACGAGAGCGUUCUUCGGUACUGAGCAUCGGCUGGGUUCGCUGCUAUUCCGACGAGACUGCGACGUGAUUCUGUUGGCGAAUGCGAAUGCGAUCGGUCGCAUUUUUGAACAGUGAAAAAAAAAACGUUUCGCGGUUUUUAAGUGUCGGCCAAUUAGGAAAUUUGGCGGAUUCCCAAAAAUAAGUAAAAAUGGACAAACCAAAGGACAAACGUCACGACAAUGGCGCAGUGGACGCUCCCGUCCGGAAGAUGAAAAAGAAGGAAGCAAAGGUUGAUGUCAUCAUGAAAGAGCUAGCGGAAGAAAAAUCAGCCAGGAUCGAACUAAGUAAACAACUCGAGAAGGCAAAUGAAACGAUCUUGGCUCUGCAGACGAGUCUGAGAAUUCCACGAAGCGAAAGUAUUGAGAGCGCGGCCUUUUCUGGAAAUGCAGGGCCCUCAAGUACUCGGCACCAGGGCAAUGAAUCGGGAGUUGAAAUGACACGAUUCAUGACGUCGGUGAAUCAAAUGUCUAUUUCCUCCAUCAGCGUGCCGGAAUGUAAGCCUUCUGUCACAGGAGAGCAAAUUGGACGGCGCGACUAUGAAUCGUGGAUCGACCUGCUGUCGGAUUCGUUAAAGUUGGCAGGAGUAGAGGACGAACCAACCAAAUUCGUCAUCUUCAAGGUGAAGGCUGGUCCGAUGCUAUUGGACAUUUUCAAGAAUACAAAGUCAACCGGGGAAGCACCUGACGAAAUCGAACUUCCGUACUCAAACGCCUUAUUCAGAUUGAAGACAUACUUUGGGUCGGCAUCGGACAUUAUGCUCCAGCGCCGUAAGCUCGCGCUGAUGGUGCAGACCCCAGAGGAGACAGACCUGGCUUUCAUUAUGAGGGCGGGAUCGAUCGCUCGGCUGUGCGAUUUCAAAGAAGGUAAAGAGUUUGAAGAAAUUGUAAGUGCCGUGGCGACCCACGCAAGGAACAAAGACGUGCGGGUCGUAGCUCUCAAGAUGCUCAACCGACAAGGAUCAUUCACGGAACUGGUGGACGCGGUUCGGGAAAUCGAAGCGGUUGCGAUAAACGAAGAGUUCUAUCGAAUGAGGCAUAAUAAGCAAGAAGAGGCGAAAGUCGCGGCUGUUAGCGCCAGUUUUCCGAGGGAAGAAUCAUCACGUCGUAAUCUGAACUACCGUCCGGCAGUACGUGGCAGAUUUGCUCCAUACCAGGCGGGCCGCUCCAGAUUCGAAGCUCAUCGAUCAUCGGAUACAAGAGGAUUUGGUAAUUCACGGGAAGCGGAGGCGUUCCGCUGUUUCAGAUGUGACAGCGUAUAUCACAAGGCUGAGGCUUGCUAUGCAAUCGAUAAAAUUUGUCUAAAAUGUGGCCGUAAGGGUCACAUUCAAAGAGCCUGCCGCGCAACAUACAAGUCAGAAGUCCAGCGACGUCCAGUGAAGGAGGAGCCGGAUGUGAAACCUGGCGAAGUGGCUUCGAUCGACGUAGAAGCAGCUGCGAAGGCAGAGGAGCAAACGGAAGAGAAAAAUUUGCAAAUCGCAACAUUCACGGAUCAGACAUCAGCGGAUGAGGGAAUUAUAAAGGCAACGGUCGCAGGAUUAGAAUGCGAGUUCCUUAUUGACUCCGGAGCACAGGUUAAUACGAUAACAAAGCAUCGUUUUACUGUUCUGUGCGAAGAUGAUAGGUACAGAAAGGCCCUGUUCAACAUGCAAGAGAGUACUGAUCGUCCCUUGAAGGCGUACGCGACUGCCGGAGAAAUCCCGGUGGUAUCGACCUUUGAAGCCUUCUUGCAUAUAUCCGACGAUCGUCCAACCCUCCUUGAGAAAUUUUAUGUGGUCGAGGAAUGCAGGUCGUUACUAGGAAGAGCGACAGCAACCCGAUAUAACGUUCUAUUACUUGGGUUAAAAGUACCGAUAGACUCACAAAAAUCCAUGACGCAACUCUGGUACGAGUCGGAGGAAAUCGCAGCAGUUUCGGUGGGGGAAACCUUCCCAAAAUUCAAUAUUCCUCCGGUUCUAAUUAGCUAUGACCAGACAAGACCACCAUGCCGCAAUAUUUUUAUGAAUAUCCCGAUUGCGGUGAAGCCAAUCGUGGAGAAAAGGCUUCAGGAACUUCUGGCAGCAGGGAUCAUUGAGAAUGUAACAGACGAUAUGGACAAUUCGUUCUGCUCGUCCGUCCUAGCAAUCCCUAAAGGACGGGACGAUAUAAGGCUGGUGAUCGAUCUUAGAGGUCCGAACAGUUAUAUCCAACGAACUCCUUUUCCGAUGCCAAGUCUGGAGAAAAUUUUGGCUGAGAUAGAUGGGGCACAGUGGUUCUCGACCAUCGACUUGGCCAAUGCGUAUUUUCACAUCGAACUCGAUGAGAAAUGUCGCCAUCUCACGAACUUUUGCACCGAGUUUGGCAUGUUCCGGUGCGUUAGGCUUCCCUUUGGAUUGUGUAAUGCGCCGGACAUUUUCCAGGAAGUGCUACAGCGGAAGAUACUCGGCGGCUGUCGCGGAGUCAAGAACUAUCUAGACGAUAUCUUCGUUUUCGGGAGGACUCCAGAAGAGCAUGAUGAGAACCUGAGAGAGGUGAUGGCUCGCCUUCGAGAACACAAUGUAAAAAUCAAUGAAUCCAAAUGUGUUUUCAAGAGCCAAGCCGUUAAGUUCAUUGGGUUUAAGAUCACUCCAGAGGGAUGGCAAAUCGAGGAGGAGAAAAUGAAAGAUAUUGAGGAAUUCAGAACACCUGAGACUAUUGCGGAGGUUAAGAGCUUUUUGGGCCUGGUGACAUUCGUCGACAAGUUCGUGCCACAUCGAGCAACGCGUACCGAAAAGCUUCGUGCGUUAGCGAAUGCAGAAGGCUUCUACUGGUCCGAGGCAGAAGAACUAGAGUUCCAAGCAUUUAAGAAGGAGGCGGUGAAGAUGAUUAAAACACUGGGGUACUUCAACACAUCGGACAGGACGGAGAUAUUUGUGGAUGCGUCAGCGGUUGGCCUGGGGGCUGUUUUAGUACAGUUCAACGAAGAAGGCACACCACGAAUUAUCGCUUGUGCUUCAAAAGCGUUAACGACAACCGAGCAGAGAUACCCACAAACACACCGGGAAGCUCUGGCUGUGGUGUGGGGUGUCGAGCGAUUCGCUUACUAUUUGUCGAGCAGAUCGUUUGUAAUCAGAACUGACGCAGAGGCAAACCAGUUCAUUUUUGGAGGAAAACAUCGUAUCGGCAAACGAGCAGUGUCCCGCGCAGAGGCUUGGGCUCUGCGGCUACAACCCUUUGAUUUUUCUAUUCAGCGAGUCCCAGGGGAGCAGAACGUUGCCGACGCACUGUCAAGGCUUUUUCAGAUGUCCAAAGAGGCGGAACCGUUCGAAGACAGUUUCGAAGAUCAUGUACUAUUUUCCCUGGAUGCGGGGAUUAUGGACAUAACAGCAGACGAUGAGAUGAAGCAAGUGGCAGAGGCUCUCACAGAUGAUGCAUGGCCGCCAGAAUUGAGAAAAUACGAAUCACAAAAGAAAAACCUGCAUAGUAUCGGAUCAAUGAUUUGUAAGGACGAUAAGAUUGUUCUUCCCAGCUCAUUGCGGAGAAGAGCGAUGGAGUCUGCACAUGGCGGUCAUAUAGGCGAGGUUGCCAUGAAAAGGAUCAUGCGAGAGUUUUUUUGGUGGCCACGCAUGGCCGCAGAAACAGAGCGGUUCGUCAAAGAGUGCCAAACUUGCUACGGAUCAAAUUGGCGUUAUAGCUUGGAGAAAUUUGUGCACAGUCAUAAUACGCUGAUCCCACAUGCAAGGCUGAAGGUUACCCCGUUCGAGCUACUGGUGGGAUUCAAAUAUCGCGGCCAAUUCCCUAGUCUCUGGAACGAAUGGAACCCUAAGGAAUUGGAUCGCGAAAGUAUUCGGGAGUUGGACGCAGAAGCUAAGCUCUACAGCAAACAUUAUGCCGAUUCGGUGCGUGGGGCAAAAGAGAGUAAUAUCAAGGUUGGGGAUGUCGUACUGAUAAGCCAACAGAAGAAAAGUAAGAGUGACCCAACAUUUUCUUCUGAACGUUUCACGGUAAUAACCCGAACUGGCGCAAAGGUGGUUAUUAUGAGCAGUAACGGAGUACAAUACGCGAGAAAUGUUCAGGACGUGAAGUUGGCCCCACCGGUAGAGGACAUCAACGAUUCGCAGAAUAGAACGGUAGUAGAUGCAGAGAUUGACGGAAAGAUGCCGGGUUCGGAAGACAUUUCGGGAAUGCAACCAAUAGACGUGCCGUCAUGCAGCACUCACACAACGGAGAAAAUCACACUUCGACAGCGUUCCGAAUUAAAAAGACCUGCUAGGCUUAAUGAUAACUAUGUAUAUCGCAUUUAUCAGUAA